CAGCCAUUCAGCUGGCUCCGUCUGUAGCGGUAGCUCUUGUCCAAGGAUACUCCAGCCCACUCCAGGGUGUCAAACCUCGAAAGUUACACCGAAGAAACAUGCUGAGUAAACAUUAGGCUGUCCAGCAGAAGAAAAGCGGUAUUUUCACACCCGUAAGCAGAAAGUUUCCAUCAGUGCCCCUUCAAAAUCAUUGACAGUCCACCAUGUUGUCAAGGUUGAGUACAUCCUGGUCCCUCAGGCCCUGCGUCUCCGUUUGCAGAUGGGCACACACCAAAGUAAAGGGAAGACCCCUAAUGCUUAAUCCUCGCACCAACAAGGGCAUGGCCUUCACCCUGCAGGAGCGACAGAUUCUGGGGAUUCAUGGUAUGUUGCCUCCCAAAGUGGAGUCUCAGGACAUUCAGGCUAUGCGCUUUCAGAGAAAUCUCAAGAAGAUGACAGAUCCCCUGGAAAAGUACAUCUACCUGAUGGGGAUCCAAGAAAGGAAUGAGAGGCUUUUCUAUAGGGUGUUGAUGGAAGACAUCGAGGAACUAAUGCCCAUUGUUUACACUCCUACUGUGGGAUUGGCUUGCACACAGUAUGGACACAUAUUUAGGAAACCAAAGGGUUUGUUUAUUUCAAUUCUGGAUAGAGGACAUGUCCGCUCCAUCCUAGAUAACUGGCCAGAAACAAAUGUAGCAGCCGUAGUAGUAACUGAUGGAGAACGAAUUUUAGGCUUGGGAGACCUGGGUUGUUACGGAAUGGGCAUACCUGUUGGGAAACUCUGUCUUUACACCGCCUGUGGUGGCAUUAGACCUGAGAAAUGUCUUCCUGUGGUGAUAGACGUUGGCACAAACAAUGAGACUCUUCUCAAAGAUCCCUUCUACAUGGGCCUGUAUCAGCGACGGGAUCGGUCACAAGCAUAUGACGACCUAAUUGAUGAGUUCAUGGAAGCAGUUGUGGAAAAAUAUGGACAGGACACACUGAUUCAGUUUGAGGACUUUGGGAAUCACAACGCAUUCCGCUUCCUUCGGAAGUACAGGGAAAAAUACUGCACCUUCAACGAUGAUAUUCAAGGGACUGCAUCUGUAGCACUGGCUGGUCUGUUAGCAGCUCAGAGGGCCAUUGGCAAACCCCUCACUGAACACCGUGUUCUCUUCUUGGGAGCCGGCGAGGCAGCUCUUGGUAUUGCCAAUCUGAUUGUGAUGGCCAUGAUGGAGUUAGGGCUUACACAAGCAGAGGCCAGAGAAAAGAUCUGGAUGUAUGACGCACAUGGUUUACUCGUGAAGGACAGAGCACACAAAACAGAUGCCAACCAGGAGGUCUUUGUUCACGACAGUCCGGGGAAAGUGCAAACCUUCCUAGAUGCUGUGAACACUAUCAAACCCACUGCUAUCAUUGGUGUGGCAGGAGCUGGGCGUCUCUUUACCCAUGAUGUCAUCAAAUCCAUGGGAUCCUUAAAUGAGCGGCCAAUUAUAUUUGCCUUGAGUAAUCCAACGACUAAAGCAGAGUGCACAGCAGAGGAAGCCUACACAAUAACUAAUGGUAGAUGUUUGUUUGCUAGUGGUAGCCCGUUUGGGGCAGUCACACUGAGCGAUGGUCGUGUGUUUAUACCAGGACAAGGGAACAAUGCUUACAUCUUCCCAGGUGUUGCUAUGGCUGUGAUCCUGAGUGGAGUGAGACAUAUCUGUGAUACUGUUUUCUUGGAGGCUGCCAAGACACUUGCUGAGCAGCUAUCAGAUAAAGAGCUUGCAGAGGGAAGGCUCUAUCCUCCCCUUUCCAACAUCAGAGAAGUUUCUCUUCAGAUUGCUUUCAAGGUGAUGGAGUUCGUCUAUGCCAAAGGCAUGGCGUUCCGUUACCCUGAACCUCUAGACAAGAACGGCUUUGUGCGUGCCACUGCGUGGAACACAGACUACGACUCCUUACUGCCAGAUACUUAUGACUGGCCAGGUGUUAGCUUCAGUCCUAUCAACUAGAAGUAGAAAAACACAUCCUCAAAGUGGCCAGUGUCAUGGUGGACCCCCUUUCUCUUUUUUUUUUCUUUUCUCAAUUUUUCACCCUAUUUUUUUUUUUUUCACUGAAAACAGUAAACAUUAGUUUGUGUCAAAGCACCAGUGCUUUGACACAAACUAAUGUCUGUGAGAACUGGACUAGAGACAGUGUCGGAGGAGCCACGGCUUCUCUUCACAAGUUAAUACUGUUUUUUAAUGUCAACUGGAGGGCCACCUGGUGGAGGAAAGGUGCAGUGCGUGAUACCUAGUAAAAUCUAAAUACCCUUUGCUUUUUUUUUUCUUCAAAGUAGAAAGAAAUGGGAUAGUGUUAGUUUUUUUUUAUUUACAUUUUAUGUCCCGCAAAACUUUGAUCAAACACUUUAAACACCUAUCAAUUUCAAUUUUGUAAGGGAAAACAAGGAAUACUGCAACUAUUUUAGUUUAAAAUGUGGAUCUUUACCAAAACGGUUACACAUAUAGUAAUUGUUUUCAAUACGUCCUUUCUUUAAACAUAAGAAUACACUGGCUACUGAGUAAUUGGCCUAAUUUUUUAAAAACAGAUUUCAUCAGGUAUCUGACAGAAUAAACGCAACCCAAUUGUUGUCUACACUCCAAAUGAACAACUAUUUAUUAAGCACAAACUUUGUUCAAACUUUUCAACUGCAUGCAGAUAUUUCAACCAAUGUUGUGUUAAAACUCCUUUAGUAAUUUUACAUUAGAUAAUCCAUCCCCUUAAAACAUUUCCUUUGGCUUAAGUGUUGAAGAAAAUAUAUUACCUGUAUAACAUUAUAGAAUAUACAUUAUUUUCUUAAGGUACUGUGCACUUUUUGACUCCAUAUUUAUAAUGAUUUUUUACUUUAAUAUCUCUCUUUUUUGUUCACAUGCAAUCGAGCAAGUUGAGAAUCUAGGCUUUUUUAACUGCAGUGAUCCAUCCUGAAAGUUGUGGCCACAGAGAUGAAAAUUGUGUCUCAAAACAGGAAGUCGCUGAGCCACGGAAGAUACAAAUAUAUGGAAAUAUAGUUUACUGCCAGCUAAAUACAGCAGAAAAAUAUAUUUAGUCUUGCUAAAAGUCAAAAUAGUAAAGAUGAUUUACCUCAUAUGAAAUAAAAAACCAAAUAUCCAGAUUUUCACAGAGGGAAUCACUGUACAAAUACACACACAAAUGCAUGCAAGUACAAAUAUAAUAAACUUUGUUUAUUAUAAAACAAAGUGUCAGUUGUGUUGUUAAAUUAUCUAAAACAAUAUUACCUAUUGUUCUACAAUAGGUAAACAAUAUUACCUAUUGUUUUAGAUAAUAUUAUUGCCAUGCAUUUUGCCAUAUUGCUUACAACAUACUGUUGACAGCUGAGAAAUGGUCCCACGGAACAAAAAGCGACUGGUUUUAGUACUGAAUGGUUUUCAAUAUUCAAUGUGCAGCUUUUUCUCUGAGCAGCUUUAGGAUGUGAUGUGUUGCUACAGGGAAAGUGUUAUUUGUAUGUAUAAAUAUAUACACGCACAAAUUAAAUUAAUCUGAACUAGA